CCUUCUGUCCCAGGCUGGCCCAACCUGGAGGCAUUGUGAGUCAUAGCUGGUGGACAGCAGCUUAGUGGUUCAGGGAUGGGGCCAGGCCUGGGAGAGCAGCUUGGCACCUCCGACACAUCCUCCAGCAGUGCCCCUGGCUCGCCUUCAUCAUUCUGGACACAGGGCCUCCAGAGGCAGGGGCGCAGCCCUGGUCGCCCACGUCCUCGAGGCUCGGCACUGGGCACCCACGCGCCCCACAAGGUCCACUCGGUCCUCGCCCUGGAGGCCUUCAGGUGUCUUAGCUCAGGCCACAUCAGCCGCCUGUGGGAGCAGCUGCAGCGGUUCUGGGCCGACCACUUCUCACAGCGCUUCUCCCCGCGGCGCCCGCCGCUGCGCCGCAUCUCCUCCAUGUCCACCUUCUACUUGCUAGACCACCGGACGCGCCAGGCCGAGCUGGGCCUCAGCUACGGCGCGCCGCGCACUCGCCUGAGCGAUGAGGCCUUUGUGUUCCGCGGCGGCCAGUGGACCACCGAGGGGCAGCCGCGGCGGUCGCGACCGCUGCCGCCCUCACCCAGCAACUCGGGCUGGAAGACGCAGGUGCAGGGGGUCAACAGCCAAUUGUUGCUGGAGGAGAACAACUACCUGAAGCUGCAGCAGGAGCUGCUCAUGGACAUGCUGACUGAGACCACAGCGCGCAUGCACCUGCUGGAGAAGAAGCUCGAUUCCCAGGCCAGCCCGGCGUCUGGGGCGCGCUCCUGGCAGAGGAAGAUGCGCAAACGCGAAGGCGCGAACGCGGUGCUCUUGCUCCAGCCGCGCGCUCUGGAGUCGCGGUGACGCAAUAAAGCCCGUGCGGCGCACGCGCAUUUCGCUCCUCGCUGCCGGCCCGGCACCUUCGUGGGCAGCCAAGUGGGGUCGGCUCGGGCUCGCGACCUGCGGGUAGGGACCAUCACUUAGUGCGCGUUAGUGGACGGGUGACUCAGCCGGCAGCCCGUCUCGGGAGGGCGCGAUAGGGCCGUGGAGGAAGAUUUCCUGUGCUCUCAAAGAGACUUGGCCAUCCUGGACCUUCAUUUUGUCCUACAGCAGUGGCCUUGAGCUGAAUCGUGGCUGUUACCUCCUGGGGACAGAAAAGAAGGAGAACAAGAAAAGUCUUACCCAGCUUUCAGCACCCCUCUACCCUGUCCUACAAGGGGGGACUGAAGAAGAAUUUUUCCUCCCCCGUAUAACCCCCCUAGGAUGCCGGAAGAACACCAUCCUCCUCCUCUGGGGGAGACAGAUGCUGUUCCGAGAGCAGGAGGCGGAAAUGCUCCAGUGGGAAGCCCGCCCUUUACCAGACAAAGGGCUCAGAGGGAGCAAUCCGUCUCCGCCGCCGACUCCACUAUUCUGCCCCUGCGAGCCACCGGGCCCCCAGAUGCGGAGGGGAAUCAGCCCUAUCACUAUUGGCCUUUCGCCACUAGUGAUCUCUACAAUUGGAAAGCUCAGAAUCCUAAGUUUUCCAAGAAACCAACAGGGCUUAUUGAUCUGUUAGACUCUGUUCUUUUUACCCAUCAACCCACAUGGGGCGAUUGCCAGCAGCUUUUGCAGGUCCUGUUCAUGACUGAGGAAAGAGAAAGAAUCCUCAAUGAGGCCUGAAAACUAGUUCCGGCACAGAUGGGAAUCCCACCACCAACCAGGCUCAGAUAGAUGCCUCCUUCCCCUUAACUCGGCCCCAGUGGAAUUUCAACACGGCAGAAGGGUCUGGUAUACUGUACUAGAUUUAAAGGACGCCUUCUUCAGUCUGCCGCUGGCACCCCAGAGCCAACCCUUGUUUGCCUUUGAGUGGCAUGAUCCAGAGGAGGGCUACAGUGGGCAACUCACCUGGACACGGCUGCCUCAGAGGUUUAAAAAUUCGCCCACCAUCUUUGACGAGGCACUACACGAGGGCCUGGGUGAGUACAGAAAGGAGCACCGUGGCCUCACCCUCCUACAGUACGUAGAUGACAUCCUGAUUGCUGCUGACAUAGCCAAGGACCGUGAGUGAGGGACCCAGGACCUGCUGGCUACCCUGGGGGCCUUGGGAUACAGGGCAACCGCGAAGAAAUCUCAGAUAUGCAGGGAGAGGGUAAGUUACCUGGGAUACAUCCUGGAGGGCGGACAGCAGCGGUUAUCAGAUGCCAGAAAAGAAACUGUCCUAAAGAUCCCUACUCCCAACUCCCGAAAGGAAGUAAGGGAAUUCCUAGGAUCUGCCGGCUACUGCUGCCUCCGGGUUCUGGGUUUUGCUGAGAUCGCCAGGCCCCUAUAUGAAGCUACCAAAGAGGGGAAAACAUUUAAAUGGACUGAAAAAGAAGAAACUGCCUUUAAUCAGUUGAAAAAGGCCCUCCUAAGUGCCCCAGCCCUGGGCCUGCCAGACAUUACGAAGCCCUUCCAUCUCUUUGUAGACGAACACAAGGGAAUAGCAAAAGGGGUUCUAACUCAAGCCUUAGGCCCUUGGAACCACCCGGUGGCUUACCUGUCCAAGAAGCUAGACCCAGUGGCUGCCGGCUGGCCGCCAUGCCUAAGAAUUAUUGAGGCGACAACACUCCUAGUCAAGGACGCAGACAAACUGACCCUAGGACAGGAGAUCUGGAUCACGACCCCACACGCCAUUGAAGGGGUCCUGAAACAGCCUCCUGAUAGACGGAUGAGUAACACACUUAUGACUUAUUACUAGAGCCUCCUACUCAACCCUCCAUGAGUGCAGUUCCACCCCAGUGCGGCCCUCAAUCCUGCAACCCUGCUGCCCGACCCUGACCUAGAUGCUCCACUACAUGACUGUGUGGGGACCCUGGAGCAAGUACAUGGAUUCCGGACGGAUCUGACCGACUGGCCCCUCCCUGAUGCCAAGGCUACUUGGUUCACUGAUGGCAGCAGCUUUGUGAGGGACAGACACAGAUUCACCAAUAGGACACCAAAAUAGAGCAAGUUAUAUCUGCUUGCAAGACCUGCCAACUCACCAAUGCAAGAGCCACAUCAAAUAAAAAAGGAACCAGGCUCAGAGGCACCAGACCAGGAGCCCAAUGGGAGGUCAACUUCACUGAAAUUAAACCAGGAAAGUAUGGUUAUAAAUAUCUUAUUAUUUAUAGACACCUUCUCUGGCUGGGUGGAGGCAUACCCAACCAAGCAUGAAAUGGCUCAGACGGUAGCUAAGAAGCUACUAGAAGACAUCUUACCCACGUAUGGUUUUCCUGCCAUGGUAGGAUCAGACAACAGACCAGCUUUUAUCUCGCAGGUAAUGCAGACAGUAGCCAAGGCUGUGGGGGCAAACUGGAAAUUACAUUGUGCUUAUAGGCCCCAGAGCUCAGGACAGGUAGAAAGAAUGAAUAGAACCCUAAAAGAGACCCUUACCAAAUUAACCAUGGAGACUGGCGGGGACUGGGUGACUCUCCUACCGUAUGCCCUUUACUGGGUUAGGAACACUCCUUACACCCUGGGUUUUACUCCCUAUGAAAUCAUGUUUGGCAGGCUACCCCCUAUUAUUCCCAACCUUCGAGCUGAACUUCUUGCUGAGUUUAAAGAUCAAGAACUUUUUCUUUCCUUGAGAGGGCUCCAGAGGGUGCACGAGGACAUUUGGCCGCACCUCCGUGCCAUCUACGAGGCUGGCCCGACCCCGACACCUCAUCAGUACAGGCUGGGAGACUGGGUCUACGUCAAGAGGCACCACUGAGAGACCCUCGAGCCGCACUGGAAGGGACCCUACAUCGUGGUGCUGACAACCCCCACCGCUCUCAAAGUAGACGGCAUCGCGACCUGGGUCCAUCACACCCACGUUCGGCCAGCGGACCCCUCCACGAUCCGGAAGGACUUCGUCACGUGAUGGGCUGUCAAUCGGGACCAACACAACCCGCUCAAACUCAGGUUACAGCACAUUCGACCCACCUGAUAUUGGUAAUUCUGUUAGCUCUGCUUGUCACUGCUCAUGCUGCUGAGAGUCCCCACGCCCCCCAAAACAUCACCUGGCAGAUCAUAGACACCAGCUCGGGGACAAUACUUAAUCAGACUUCCCAGAGCCACCCCACAAAUACUUGGUUCCCAGAACUUUGCGUAGACCUCCAAACUCUGCUCCCCUUGUCACCAUAUGCUCCCGGAUUCCAUGCACAGAACCUUUAUUUCUAUGUCUGCCCCGGCCACUCUCGCUCGAGCACAUGUGGGGACGCGGCUGACUACUUUUGUGCCUCCUGGUCAUGUGUCUCGACGGGGCACAUCUGGUGGACCCCACCACGCACCGGAGAUCUCAUUGUGGUAAAGCGGCCCAGUGGCCCCCGACCGCCAUAUGCCUGGGGGCGCGGUAAUCCCAUAGUUAUAUCCUUUACAAGCCAAGGUAAAAAAACAACAGGAUGGGAGAGUGGAAAAACCUGGGGACUCAGGAUAUAUGACCGGGUUAGGCUGGGAGCCAAGGACAAGGGAACGUUAUUUACCCUCCGAAUGCAAGCGACUCCCCUUGCCCAGCAGUCCCCCACAGGGGUAGGACCCAACCAAGUACUAGUUCCCCGACCUGCCCCCACCCGGACAGCCACUCCCAGAAACACCUAGGCCUUGGCCACACAGCCCUCCACAUCCCCUGUCCCCCGGAGGGGACACCGGAGCGUCACCCGCAUCUCCUGCCCCAGGUCACAAUUUACUAUCUGAUACAGACCCCUGUGGAGCACAGUUGUCGGAGCAUACCAGGUACUAAACACUUCUAGACCUGACCUGACCACGUCCUGUUUGCUCUGUCUAGAUGUCUGGCCCCCAUAUUAUGAAGGUAUUGCCAUUAAAGGCAAUUAUACAACAGCCUCCAACUCUAGCUCCUGCAGAUGGCAGCAGGCUACUGCAAGACUAAUCCUCCAGGCGGUAACAGGGCAGGGCACUUGCAUAAGCCACGUGCCCCCCGGGCAGUCACAUCCCUAAUGAAACCCUAACAGUCCCCAGGGAGACAGUGUAUCUACUUCCCCCCGAAAAUGCAUGGUGGGCCUGUUCCAGCGGCCUCACUCCCUGUGUCCACUCCCAAGUCCUUAACUCCUCGAAAGAAGGCUUCUGCAUACUCGUGUAGUUGAUCCCCAAGCUAGUGUACCAUUCGGGGGAAGAAAUACUUAACAGGUUAGGCUCUACUAACCCCCGAAGUAAGAGAGAGCCUAUUACAACCCUAACUCUGGCUGCACUCUUGGAACUGGGAUUAGCGGGGGCAGGGACUGGAAUAUCUUCACUCGUCAUCCAGGACAAAAACUAUGGAACCCUAAGGGCAGCCAUUGACUUAGACAUAGAAUUGAGAAAUCAAUUUCUCAUUUACAGGAAUCCCUUACUUCCUUAUCGGAAGUAGUACUCCAAGACAGAAGGGGAUUAGACUUAUUAUUCAUGCAGCAAGGAGGACUAUGUGCAGCCCUAGGGGAAGAAUGUUGCUUCUAUGUUGAUCACUUGGGGGUCGUAAAAGAAUCUAUGGCCCUCAUAAGGGAAGGGCUGCAAAAACAAAAGUUUAGAGAGAGAACAAUCUCAGUCCUGGUACGAGUCUUUGUUCAACUGGUCUCCCUGGUUAGCUACCCUCAUCUCGGCCCUUGCUGGACCCCUCACCAUCCUGCUCCUACUAUUAACCCUCGGACCCUAUAUCAUCAACAGACCAGUUUGUCAGGGACUGCAUAGGGGCCGUCCAACUAAUGGUCCUCCGUGCUCAGUGCAAGCCCCUAAUAACAGAAGAGGACAAAAUAGAAAUGCAGCUGGUCCCAUGAUUGGGUCCAUAAGCUACAUGACAAGGGCGGAAUGAAAGAGCGGACCUAGGCCGGCCAACUCCAUUUUGUUCUGUGUCCUCCAUCUUGAGUGACUACGGCCCUGACAUGGCCCCCUUUCCCAGAAAACCACAAAGAAAUUCCCAUUCAAACCUCAGACCACAUCUCCUCCCUUUGAGUAACUUCCCGCUCACUUCAAACUUCCCGUUCAAACCACACCUGGCAACCUGCGCAAGGGGACUCUGACCCUUCCCCAGCCAAUUGGCUAAGGCCACAACCAUUACCCCACCAACUGCCCCUAGAUCCCUAUAACACCUUUGUGCUUUUGAACCUCGCUCUCUCUGGCAUCUCACUGCUGCAUCGGUGCAGGUAGGGGAUUGAGCUCGAGCUAGCUCGAAUAAAGGCUCUUUGCUUUUGCAUCA